CGAAGGAUUAUGGAAAAGCACUCAGUGGCCGGAGGAUUUAAAUCGCAGGAGGAGCAGCCGGCUGGUUCCAGCAGUUCUGGCUGCUGCAGCCUGCGCGGGGCACGCGAGAGGGGUGGCUCAGAUGGGACGCGGGGUCAUUCAUUCCUUCCCAUUUGCGGCGUCUGGCCAAGGUUGGGGCUCCCGAGAGCCGGCAGGCGCCCGCGGCUUGCUCUGUCCUGCCUCCCGAUCCAGCUCCCUGUGUGUGACACCUGGAAGGGGGCGACCCUUCCCUCACUUGAGAGGUAAUUCGGCAAAGUUUGCUUCGUAAAGAAGAGGUGGGAAGGGGAUAGUUUUUCAGGCUUCCAGGCAAAACUGGAUUUAGAAGAAAUAUGCCUAGUGGGAUUUUAGGAACCUCACCAAGGCACCCCCGACUGUUAAAUCCAAAAGCCUUCUUCUGACUCUUGUUGAGUAGCUAACGAGAAGGAGCAUUUUAUUCCCCAGUUAGAUCGUGGAAGUAGGAACAAACAAAUAGUAAUGCUCUUCUACUAUGAGAUCCUUUUCAUGACCAUGGUAGUUUAGCUUUGGUUUGUAUUGAUGGUGAGAAGUGGGAGGUUCGUGGCAAAAGCUUGCGGUUGACUCACGAACUUGUUUUUACCACUUUGCUUUCUUACUUCCCCAAACCCUCAAGAGGAGGUCCUCUGCUGAACACGGGGAUUAAAAUUCUAACCACCAUAGUUAAUUUGGAUCAUAAACAACCAAACGAAUGGAAACAACUGUGGUCUUGGUAAAUCCAGAAACAUAUAGAUAGUGUUUGUGUCCAAUGUGAGCACCUACCCGUUAGAUACAAGUUACCUGUGAGGAUAAUUAACUAAAACAUCAAGCUAUGCAGAAUAACUCCGAGAGGAACCACAAUUCAAGAGUUUCUGACAUAGAACUGAACUCUGUGGAUGCUGAGAAUAGUCAAAAUAACUUUUUUGAACGGCUGCCUGAAGAAGUUAUUCGACAAAUUUUCAGUUCGCUGGACAUGCAGAGUUUGUGCAGGGCUUCAAUGACAUGCAGGAGGUGGUAUGACAUAACAAAAGACAAUGACUCCUUAUGGAAACCUCAUUGCUUGGCUCUAAGAGCUGUGUGCAAACGAGAAAUAGAUGAUGAUCAAAAAAGUGGUUAUUCCUUCAAGGACACACUAUUGAGGAAUUACCAGAAGAGUCAAGUGAAACUUCACUGGCUAAGUGGCAGAUACAGCAACAUAUGUUCCCCUGAUAACCUACCAGAAGCAAUCAUGUGCCCGAUGGAUGCAGAAACGUGGGGGGAAAUUCUGGAAGUCGAAAUGGAAAGACCCAAUCACAAACAGAUCUCAUAACCAGGAGAGUCUAAAACUAAGAUGACUCUUAGGUUGCAAAAGAUAUAUUUUUAUCCAUCCAUUUUUUGUUCACCUUUUUUAAAUGUUUAACAUGUAAAAGACUACUAUGUAGUACAUGUUGUAAAAGUCAAGCUUUUUUUUUACUUGGCACUUUAGUCAAAAAUAUUUUUCUGGUUUUACUGUUAUGUGGGAAAAUCAUGCAAUACUUUUUAUAUAAGACAUAAUGUACCAGUAGAAUGAUUCCAAAAUGUAUUGUUUCAUGUAUUUGUGUUAGUGUAUUGUCGUACUUCAAUGAUAAGAGAGUUUGGUAUUUUCUGCUUAAUGAUAAUUCAAAAAUUCAGGAAAACAUUUGAAGAAACUGUCUUAGAGAUCAUUAAAUAGUAGCCAUAACUAGGCUCAUAUGAAGAUUACCUAAAUGAAAUUAAUUGCAGUAUGUUUAAAUGUAUAAUAAAUUUAUAUUUCAGUAACUUUAAAAUAUCCAUUUCAGUUAAAUUAGAUUGAAUUGUUAAACGUUGAAACCAUUUUUAAAAUGUGCUAAAUUUGUGGUUUAGUUUCAAAUUAAUCUGACCAAAGGGCUAAAACUUGUCAGAUUAAGGUUCCCAUUACUUGACUACAGACUUGGAAUUGCUCUCAGGGACUGAAAAGUUAUGGAAAGUUUUCAGAACAUUUUAUUACCACCAGAGCUGCCAUCCCAUCUUUCUUAGCAAAACUCUCUUUCUGACAGCCAAAUAGCGCCAUCUAGUGUACUACUCAUAGAUGAUCAAGACGAAGGACAGCUCCUUUUUUUCCUCCACAUUUAAAAGAAAGAAAAAUAUUGUUUCAGAGAACACUAAAUAGCUGACUCUGUUAACGUUUAUAGCUUUCCAGGAACCUUUAAUUUAACUUUUGUUCUCUUUUUCGUAAAAGUAGGUGAUAUAGUAUUCACUAUACCAGCUUGUUCAUUCUGAAUCUGUAGCCAGCACCAUAGUAGGUAUCUACAAAGCAUUUUAAUUAGUAUGGGAUUUUCUUCUUAAACUGUGCUUUAUAGCAUGAAAAAUAAGAAUCCAGGAAACCAGUAUUUAACAAAUAGGAAAAUAUCAGAAAGAUGCCCCAUACUCUACAACUUCCCUGUGUUAGAUCAAUCGGGUGAUGAUUGAUUGUCUCUUAUCUUCUUAGAGUUGGAAGAGGCCUUAACAAUCACACAGUCCAAUUUCUAAGACUGUUUGUCAACCUCCUCUUUAGGAGUGUUGUUCCUAUCACCCACCGUUAAUUCCUUUCUUGGCAAUCUCUUUUGUAAAACGUAUCAUUUUGAUCUGGAAACCAUCCCUAACUUCUACCAUUCUGGAUUAAGUGUACCUCUUAAGGUUCCUAGUAGUUCUUUUUACAUACCACUCUCAAAGCUGUCAUAGUACUUUAAAUUGUCUAUUUUAUCUGUCUGUCUUCCCCUUUAGACUGUGAGCUUCAUAAUGGCAGGUAGCAUUUAUUUAUUUUUGUGUUGCCAAAGCCUGGAAAAUAGUAGGUAUUUCAUAAAGAUUUAUUAAAUUAUUUCUGUAUUAUUUAUUUUAAUUCUACCCAGAAUAUAUAACAAAAAUAAUUUACUAUAUUGUUAGUAGACAAGUAUUGAAUGAAUGUAAAACUCAUAAGAUA